AUGAAACUUUUAGUACUAGCACUAAUAGCUGUGUUAGUGAGGAGCCAAGGAGGUAGUUAUUGGAGCAUGGAUGUGCAGCAAAGAGCUGAAGAACUAGGCUUUGAAUAUGAAGAGUAUAGGGUGACUACUCAGGAUGGAUAUAUUUUGACACUAAUGAGAAUCCCCUCUGGACCUAAUAGCCCACCUUCUUCUAAACCUCCGAUAUUAAUGAUUCAUCCAGUUUUUGACUCUGGAGAAAGUUACACUAGACUUGGAGCUGCUUAUUCACCUGCAUUUUACCUUGCUGACAAUGGGAAAGAUGUAUGGCUUUACAACGUGAGAGGCAACACAUUCAGUAGAGAACAUGUAAGCCUUGACCCAGCCUCAGAUGAUGAAUAUUGGGAUUUCACAAUGGACACAAUAAGGUUUGAUCACAUGGCAUGUGUUGAAUUUAUAUUAGAAACCACUGGAUAUACAAACCUUCCAGCUCUAGCCAUUUCCUUUGGUGGAGCAACCCUGGGUAUUGCUUUAGCACUAGAACCUGAAUUUUUUGAGCAAAGAAUCUCAGUAGCCAUUUUUGUGUCUCCAGCCCUAAACAUGGCUAACACCCAGUCUUUACUCUUCUCAAAACUAGGCAUGUAUCCUCAAGUACUUCAGACAAUGAGGAACAUUGGAAUAAAUGUUUGCAGAGAUGAUAAUCGGGCUUUAAGUCAAAUAACUUAUAUGCUAGGAACUAUAUUCCCAGGAUUCUCUCAGUUUAUAAUGGGAAUAUUAAUUGAUCAACCAGACCAAUCUCUUGAAGACCAAGAUGGUGUCAACAUUCUCUUAGCUCGAACUCAGUUCGGACUAGGAAUUAAAGCUUUACAGCAUUUACUUCAAAGCGUAAGAUUAAAUGACCUAACUUAUUUUGAUUAUGGGCCUGAAGAAAAUAAUCAAAUUUACGGAGCAGAUAUUCCUCCAGAAAUCCCAUUAGGGAAUAUCAAUGUUCCUAUUGCUCUCAUGUUCGGAGAAGAGGAUAAUGUAAUAACCGGGCCAGACCAAGACUGGAUGAGAGAAAGACUUGAUGCUAAUGUUGUAUUUGAUCAUGUUUAUGAAGAGUUCUCUCACAUGUCCUUCCUAAUCGGUAAUAGGAUUGAAGACUAUCUCGAAGAUGUGAUUGAAGUAUCAGAGGCUUUCAUCUCAUCUACUGAUUAA